CACACAGCAGAAUAAAAAAAAUGCUGGUUCAGGAAGUUGCAUCCAUCGCCAGCUAGCUAAACCACAUUUUUGGGUGAUGGAUUAAACUUCUAAAUAUGCAGCGCGUGGGUUAAAAACUAACAACUUAAGCCACAGCUCAAAACAUGGCUAAUAUGGCGAGAACCGGGGAUAUUAUUCAUUUAAACGUUGGAGGAAAAAGGUUCAGCACCUCGAGGCAAACUCUGACAUGGGUCCCAGACUCCUUCUUUUCCAGCCUUCUGAGUGGGCGAAUCUCAAGUCUGAGGGAUGAGACUGGAGCUAUCUUUAUUGACAGAGACCCGUCUCUCUUUGCCCCCAUCCUCAACUUCCUGCGGACCAAAGAACUCCACCCACGGUCCAUUAACGUGCACCUGCUCAUGCACGAGGCGGAGUUCUAUGGCAUCGCCCCCUUGGUGCGUAAGCUGCAGCUCUGUGAUGAGCUGGAUAGAUCCUCCUGUGGGAACGUGUUAUUCAACGGCUACCUCCCUCCACCAGUGUACCCAGCCAAGCGGCGGAACCGCCACAGCGUGGCAGGACCCCAGUACAUGGGGGGCCGGGCGGAGCGGGCGCCGGUUCGCCGCAGCAACACCAUGCCACCCAACCUGGGCAACGCUGGCAUGCUGGGGAGGACGUCCAUGGAGGAGAGGAUCUGCGGAAACCAGGUGGCAGAUCCAGGCAUGGUGAGGAUCAUCUGUGGCCACCACAACUGGAUCGCUGUGGCCUACGCCCAGUUUGUCGUUUGCUACAGAGUGAAGGAGUCGACAGGCUGGCAGCAGGUGUUCACCAGCCCCCGGCUGGACUGGGUGAUUGAUAGGGUGGCCCUCAACGCCAAGGUGAUGGGUGGUUCCCUUGGAGACAAUGACAAGAUGGUGGCGGUUGCCUCGGGAACUGAAAUCAUCCUCUGGACCAUCUGCCCCGAUGGCAAUGGCAACGAGAUUGGCGUGUUCAGUCUCAACGUUCCAGUGGAAGCUCUCUUCUUCGUUGGUAACCAGCUGAUCGCCACCAGCCACACAGGGAAGGUGGGCGUGUGGAAUGCCGUCACCAAGCACUGGCAGAACCAGGAUGUGGUUCCCAUCAACAGCUAUGACACAGCCGGCUCCUUCCUCAUCCUGGGCUGCAACAAUGGAUCCAUUUACUACAUAGAUGUCCAGAAGUUUCCAUUAAGGAUGAAGGACAAUGACUUGCUGGUGACUGAGCUGUACAGAGACCCGACGGAAGACGCCAUCACUGCCCUCAGUGUCUACCUCACACCCAAAACAAGCGACAGUGGGAACUGGAUCGAGAUCGCCUACGGGACCAGUUCUGGGACGGUGCGUGUGAUCGUGCAGCACCCGGAGACCGUGGGGUCUGGACCGCAGCUCUUCCAGACCUUUUCCGUCCACCGCAGCCCCGUCACCAAGAUCAUGCUGUCGGAGAAACACCUGAUCUCAGUGUGUGCGGACAACAACCAUGUGCGCACCUGGACCGUGACCCGUUUCCGGGGCAUGAUCUCCACGCAGCCUGGCUCCACCCCUCUGACCUCCUUCAAGAUCCUGGCGCUGGAGGACAUUGACGAGCACGGGGGCUGCAGCGCCGGCACGGAGAUAGGUCCCUACGGAGAGAGAGAUGACCAGCAGGUGUUUAUCCAGAGGGUCGUCCCAGACACAGACAAGCUCUAUGUUCGACUCUCCUCCAACGGCAAGAGAGUGUGUGAGGUGCGCUCGGUGGACGGAACCUCCAUCACAGCUUUCAUGGUCCACGAGUGCGAGGGCUCCAGCCGCAUCGGCUCGCGUCCACGGCGAUACCUCUUCAGUGGCCAUGGCAACGGCAGCAUCCAGAUGUGGGACUUGACGACGGCGAUGGAGAUUGCUGGGAAGGUGGACAUCAGAGCACUGGGCGGACCAACGGAGGAGGAGCUGCUGGAGUUGUUGGACCAAUGUGAUCUGGCCUUGACCCGCACGCCUGACAUGAGCCCCGCCCCUUCUCUUACCCACUCCCAUGCCUCCACGCCCCGGGCCUCCACUUGCAGCCUCCAGUCCCAGCUGAGCGAGAGCUACAGAGGGGAUCGAGGAGGAGGUCGGGGUAUGUGUUCUGGUCCCUUCUCCGGCAGCCUCCCCCGCCCAGCUCCCCCGGUGCCCCUCAGCAAGCCCCGGGACGGGGUCCUGGGGGCUCUGGGGGCCCUGGGUCUGCAGCCCCACCACCUGGGCCUCAGCCAGGCCUCCCUCACCAGCGGCAACGGCAGCCCCCGGCCCCCCCGCAUGGCCCCCCAGGACAGAGAGCGGGAGGCUGGCGCUAUGGGGUCUCUGCGCAGGGGCAGCUUUGUGGAGCGCUGUCAGGAGCUGGCCAAGGGCACGGAGUGGGGGGGGGGGCCCGGGGGCGAGGGGGCCCGGCGCAGCCUGGCGGGGUUCCCUGAUCUGGAGGCCCGACGGGGGCUGAGGACCCCCUUCUCCUCCGGCCCCCCCUCCUCCGCCUCUCCCCGUUCACCCUCCCCGUCAUCACCGUCAUCGACUCCGGCAUCCUCGUUUCCGUUGCAGCAAAGUCGACCCUCCGCCUCCUCGCCAAGCCACGCCCCCACGGGCCUCAGUCCAAUCCGCUCCCAGACCCCAGUUUCCCCUCGCAGAAUUGAGUCUCCGCCCAUUGAGGAAGCCCUGCCCCCUUCCGAGGUUUCAGCCAGUCCGGAGAGCCCGCCCUCCGAACCCCCGACCAGCCCAAAACCACCCAUGAAUGAAACUAGCUUCUGAUUGGUUGCUGUCACAAUAACCAACGCUGUGACUAGGAUGUGUGGGUGUGGAGUGGGCGUCGGUGUUAAUGGUGUCACAUGACUAAUAUACUUCCUGUUUGGAAUGCUGUUCUGCUUCAAGACAUAACUGUGACGUCAAUCCACUGCUUCCUGUAGGGCUGAGUCUAAGCUGGUGAAAGCUUAUGAUAUGACAUAUUUAUAGAUAACAGGUGGUAAGUAAGUAUUACAGAUGGUCAGUAUAACUGCCCGGGCCUCUUAAACACUCAGCAAAUAUCAAUUAUUUAAGCCAGAAGUCAGGUGGAAAAACUGUUUUUGUAGUAGGAUUUUGAUAUCCUCCUCUCUCCCUUUCUCCUCUGCUGUCUGUGGACGUUUUGUGUCGGCUCUGCACCUUCUAGUAUUCCCCAAACCUGCACACACACUCUGACUGGUAGGAGAGGGAGUGUUAGGUGGUGGACACCAGCAAGCUGUAGCUUCUGUUUGGAGAGUACAGACGUUUCAGAUCAAUGUGUUUCACAUUGAAAGUCUUCCUUCAGAUAGGGCACAUCCAUUUCUUGUUCUUAAAAAAUAUAUAUAUAUAUAUUAUUCUUUUUAACCUGAGCUUAGUUGAAACUAGGCAGAGUGUGUGGUAGAAAGGGUGAAGUUCGUCUGAUUAUUCUUGAAUCAACGUAAACACCAACAUUUGUCUAUGCAUUCUCUGUUGAAGCCUGAAGUCUUAGCGAAGUGAAAGCAUCACCAGAACGUUCUUGGAAGGGUUGUUGCUAACCGAAAGAAUGUAAGUAUCGAAAGUGAAAAUGACCCGAGUGCCUUCUUAAUUAUGAAUGAUGGUCUACACUGCCAAAAACCCGUGGGUGUGUGAGACUCAAGAACCACUGUAUCCUGUCAUGUGUUUAUUUUGU